CACACGCCCAGUGGAAAACGGCGAUUGAAACUGGUGAAUGCAUAGAAAGAGUAGAAGUGAGAUUGUUAGCGCUAAAGAUGCCUAUCAAGAAGGAACUCUGCAGAAACUUUCAGCGUGGAAGUUGUCAAUACGGUGAAAGGUGCAAAUUUCUUCAUGUCACUCCACAACAACAGCAAAAACCUAAUAAUAAUGCCUUUGGAUUUGGCUCACAGCAGCAGCAGCAGCAGAAUCGUUUUUCUAAUCCAUUUGGAUUUGGCGUUCAAUCAAAACCCCCCAAUGAUUUUGCGAAUAAGCAGCAACAAUUCAAGCCUUUUGAAAAUAAAUGGACCCGUUUCUCCCCCAUAUCCAAUGGUGGUACGUCGUCCCGACAACCAGAUAAUCAACCUCAAGCAGUGAAUCAUAAGUGCACAGAUCCUGACUCUUGCAAGCGUCUGAUUGUUGAAGAUUUUGAGCACGAGAAACCACUUUGGAAGCUUACAUGCUAUGGUCACUUAAAAAAUGGUCCUUGUGACAUUGUUGGUGAUAUCAGUUAUGAAGAAUUGCGGGCUGCUGCAUAUGACGAUGCUAAGCAUGGAUUGAGCUUGCAAUCAAUUGUUGAGAGAGAGAGAAAUUUGCUUAAUUCCAAGUUGACCGAGUUUGAGAACCUGCUUCGUAAUCCUUAUGUAGCACCUCAAAAUUCUGCUCUUAGCCAGGGUACAUUUCCCGGAGUCACUCCCAAUGCAAUAUCAACUACUGGUGAAAAUAAUGCCCCCCCUGCAGUGUCCAGUUUCAGUCAACUGGGUGCAUCACUUAAUAUGGGGUCUACAACAAGGCCUUCUGCACCAUUAAAUAAUCCCUUUGGGCAACCAAAUCUCUUCUCAAAUUCUAGCCAGAGUUUCAGUACAUUUGGAAUAAGGCCCUCUGCAUCGUCAAAUAAUGCUUUUGGGCAACCAAAUUUCUUCUCUAAUGCAAGCCAAACCUCAAGUGCGUUUGGGACAAACAGUUUCACACCUGCAAAUGCUGCAGGCUUCAGCAGUAGAACAAUCAACAAUCAAAGUAGUCCGUUUUCUUCAGCAGUGUCAACAGAAAUGACUAAUUUGUCUAGGUCUAGCGCUCAGCCUCUCAUUAUUUCCAAUGCACCUAAUUCAGCUUCUAAUGCAGUUGAGCCAGUAACUAAACAUGUUCAGUCAGUCAACGGCAUGCAAAGAGGAACUGUUUCUGGGGAUGCAAGUAUUUGGUUAAAAGAAAACUGGAUCCCUGGAGAGAUUCCUGAAGAGGCACCUCCGGAUCAAUAUAUUUAACAGAGAUAUUCUUUUUCCUGAUAUGUAUUUUUAUAUCAGCAGUGUAGCUGAUGAGCUAUGAACUACUAAGCGGCUGCAUUCACUUGCCAUUAGAGCGUGUGGGGGCCACUAAAGACAAUUUGGAAUUUGUGGUUUAAUCACCGCUUAUAGAGGUACCAAGUGUGACUGAAUUUGAUUGCUCCUUUGCAUCGAUUUUAAUCUUUUAAAUAGCA